AUGGACACGAUCACUGAUGUGAUGGAUCGGCUUCCUGCAGCGGAGUAUAGGCUUACUGAUGCGCAGGACGAUACACUUUUUCACGCACAAGACAGGAUUACUGGUUCCGAAGAAGUGGUUUUCAAAUCGAUAUGCCGGCUUGUCGGAAGCAUGGACGUGCUUAGUGAUAGGAUGGGCAUGAUUGCCGAUGCAAUGAAUAGGACUGCCUCGGCGAUGAAAAGCACGGCCUAUGAGAUUGAAGCUACUGCCGAUGCGACGAACGACACUGCUGAAAGGAUUGUUCGGUUUGUUGACAUGAUAGAUGAACUUUCCGGUGAGAUCGAUGGGGUUGUUGAUAUGAUAAGCAGAAUUGCCGUGAUGAUGAAAAUGAUUGCUGAUACGAAGGAUGGAUUUGCUGAUGCGGUGGAAAAAACUGUCUAG